AGAAGUCCGAGUUGAAGAAUGAACAGCAAGCAGCAACAAGAGGUUCCGGAUGUUGCAGAUAGUAAGACAAGUCCAGCUGGGGAUGGGGUGAAGAAGCGGACGGUCAUCGUGAAGGAUGAGUUGAGUGAAGGAGGAGAACAGGUUCACGUGAUUUACCUGAACGUACCCGAGGGAGACGAGCCACAGGUGCUGGACCUCACCAACCUCCUGGCGCAGGAAGGGAUUCAGGUGGUUCAGCAGUCUGGCUCUGCCGGCAGCGUGGCGGAGACCCAAGUGGUUGGAUCGGCGGACAUUGUGAUUGAGGACGCCAGCGGCGCGGACAUCACAAUGCUGGCUGAUCAGUCGGAAGUUCAGUCGGCAAACGCCUUGCUGCGACUGGCCACCUCCCACAGUCAUGACGGGACUGGCCAUGUGGGCCAGGUGGCCGUGCCUCGGAAGCCAGAGGGGAACCCUGGAGCAGAGAACCAGGACGCUGCCCCGGCCCAAGCUCUGCUACAGCUCUCCACGGAGCCUGGUGCCGCCUCCACGUACAUCGUGUCGGACAACGGACAGAUGAUCCCCAUCUCUCAAGUCAGGUCGUCGGCGCUACUGGAAGGGAGUACGGCAGAGGUUACCACCAUCGCCAUCUGCCAGUGCUGGUGCGGCCAGGAGUUUUUCUCCCAGGAAGAUCUGGAGCAUCACAAGCGGGCCAAACACAAGACGAAAAGCAGACUGGAGUCGGGAGGAGUGCGCAAGUGUGUGUUGUGCGCGGAGACGUUCCUGUCUCUCAAGGAACUGUCAGACCACCAGGCGAAGGUUCACCCGGACGGAAUGCCCUGGGAAUGUUCCGUCUGUCAGCGACGCUUUUCCAAAAAGAUCGGAGUGAAAGCUCACAUGAGGGCGCAUGCCAUGAGCAAGCAGUAUCAGUGCACGUCGUGCAAAAAAUUCCGUAACCAGUCUCUGCUAGCCCGGCACUCGCGCGUCCACUCCAACGAGCGACCCUUCCAGUGCAAGAUUUGCCUCAAGCGCUUCGUCCAGUCGGGGUCGCUGCAGGCUCACAUGCGCUCACACACCAAGGAAAAGCCCUACCAGUGCCGCUGGUGUCCCAAGGCGUACACCACCAGCGGCACCCUCCUCAUCCACAUCCGCAAGGCUCACAACGUGAACGCCAAGAAGGUGAAGGACGUGUUCCCCGUGCAGACCUACAUCGAGGACCAGAAGGUGUUCACCAUCCGCAACAAGCCGCUGACAGCAGACGAGUCCGUCAUGGUGGACAUGGACCUCCCAGAGGAGGCCGCCCGCGCGCACCAGAGGGGGGAGCAGGAGGAGGAGGGGAAGGAGGCGGUGUGCCGAGACAACGUGGUGGCUGAGGAGAUCGUGGAGACGCAGAAGGACGAAGCUAUCCCUGUGGUGGACGCCGGGCUCCCUCUGUCUUCCUCCUCACUCCCUGAGCCUCGGAAGACUCACUCACACUCGCUGAAGGACCGACAGGAGGCCGCUCUGGGAUUGGCUGAGCUCUCCCGACAGGGUGGGGAGGAUAUGCUGGACCGCGCCGGGAAUGUGGCCGCGGAAGAUGAUGCGAAGACGCGGACGUUUUUCAAGGAGGAAGAAGCGGAUGAGAACGACCCACAUGUGACGAAGAUCAUCCUGUCCAAGGAGGGAGGCAUCAUGAACAGUCAGGACCCGCACCAGUGUCCUGUCUGUGGCCGAAUCUUUGGCCGCAAAAGCAUCAUGGUGGAGCACGUGCGCAUCCACACGGACGAGAAGCCGUACGAGUGUGACUUCUGCCAGGCAGGCUUCAGGCAGAACGCCCAGCUCCGCAGCCACAUCCGCAACAGACACACCAAGGUGAAGUUUUGCGAGAGCGUUGACCCGUCGUGGGACAUCCACUCGGCCGUGUGGUCAGACGACAGUUACGAGCUGAGCGUGAAGGGACCCCAGCUGCUCAAGACCCGCAGGAAGGUGGAGCCUCGCCACCCACGCAGGAAGAAACGAGGGAAGAAGAAGGAGAAAGCCUCUGCCGAGGAGGAGGAGGAAGAGGAGGAGGGAGUGACAGUGGUGGGGCAGCAGGAGGAAGUGGUGGAGACGACAGCAGUGGCGAGCCUUGUGGAGCAGACGGAGUGCGGCGGGGAGGUGGAGAGGAGCGAGGUAGAACGAGGCGUGGCCGAGCUCCUCAAGUCCGAGGUCUGUGCUGACCCCCCACCCGGGGCCGUGUGUGAGGAGGCGGACCUAGAAGAACCAUCGGAAGAUUCCAACACCUCCGCUCUGGACAAACUGCACGCCACCGCGGGCUUUGAUCACAGCGUCACCUCGGUCGCUAGUGAGAAAGAUCAGAUAAAGAAAGGUCAAGGUCAGCCCAUUAUCAGCGUGGAGGUGAGCGGCGUGGAGCCAAUACAGGACGGGACCAACUGUAGCGGGCCGGGGAAGAGCCAGCCUGUGCCAGUGACGGACAAGAUGAGGUCGAGCAUGGGCUCAGAGCUGGAGAACUCCAAGCUGCAGUGUGGCACGUGUGGCGUGCCCUUCCGGGGGAUCAGCAACCUGAGGAAACAUCUGAAGGCCGUUCACAACACCACGCUGGGCCAGUCCGACAUCUCCUACAUCUUUGUGGAGGAGGACACGGGCGCAGAGAGGGAGCACCUGCUGACCAAACGAGGCAAGGGCGACCUUGACGGGGUGGAGCAGGUGGUGGAGCUGGUCUCAGGGGAGGGCGGCUCGAUCAAGGGGGAGGACCUGGACCACAUCAAGGUGGUCAUCUACGACGACAAGGACAAGUGUGUGGACGACCCCAUGAAGAAGCCGUACGCCUGCGCCAUGUGCCACAACGGCUUUGACUCACGCCUCCAGCUGGACGAUCACAUGACCCAGCACACGGACGAGGAGGUGGAGGGGGUGGGGCUGCACCGCUGCGACACCUGUCUGUACGUGAUGAAGAACACGCAGCAGAUCGGCAAACACAUCCUCAAGUUCCACGGGGUCAAGGAGCUCUGCGUCUGCUCCAUAUGCCACAAAGAAUUCUACCAGAUGAGCUCGGUGAACCGCCACAUGAAGUUUUUCCACAAGUGGGAGAUGAAGAUCCGUGGGGAAGCCAGCAUCCCCAUCCUCACCAAGCCCGCCCCUCCCUCCAUUCACAAUCCGUCAUAUGUCCCCAAGGUCAAACCCAAGAAAGGCGCUGCCUCUCGUCUGAUUGAGAAGCCGGCCUUGCGAGUGAGCAAAGAUACAGACGAUGUGACCUUUAUAAGUUUGGAGGUCGGGGAUCUGGAGAAUCUCCAGAUUUACCGGUCGGACGGUCAGCUCAUGUCCUACCACGUGGUGACAGCCACAGACAAGGUGAAGACCUUGAAGAUCAAGGAAGAGGACGUGUGUGGGGGCAGCACCUACCUCCGACUCACAACGCCACAACACUCCAACUCACAGACAAUGACACACGAGGAGACGAACGCUGCAGAAGCUUCUUCCUCAGAAAACAAGGUCACAGUUUUCAACAGUCCUCCCCGGAGAACCAUUUCUACGCUUCCCUUCUCGCCCACGGUCGGCUCCGAAACGGCAAAAGAGUCUGAGUCAACAUCAACGCUAGCCAUCGGGGCUCAGUCGUUACCUCCCCUUCCCCCCGGCAAGCACGGUAAGAUUGUGGUUCAUGAGAUGUCGAAGAAGUCGGAGAUUAUUCUUUACGAUAAAGAUAAGCAGUCAUGGAAUGAUGGCAGCAGCGCUAAAGUGAUGGUGAAGAAAGAAGUGCUUUCAGAUUACGAGCCAGGCUAUUCAGGGACUCUGGUGACCUUGAACGACUCGGUCAAAGAUCUGAUUCAGGUCGCUGCUGGAAAAAGCGACUUGGAAACAACAGUUGUUCGGAUGAGUGGAGAGCUGAAUCCAGAAUUAAUUAGUGAGGAUAGUUGUCCUGUCAUUUCUGAGGAUGCAAAUUCUGGGACUGAAGUGUUGUCUAGGAAGAGAGAGCCCGCUGAGGGGAAAUCGACAAACACAACGCAAAAGACUGGUGACUCGCCGAGGAAGAAUUCCCACGAGGCAGGGUCACCGCGGGCUGGUGUGUCAACAAGACGACGGAGGUCGAGCCGAGGGGAACAUGGGAAAGACAGUGAGGAACUACAGCCCUCCCUGUCUCAGAGCGUGCUCACACCUUCUAGAACACAAACUGAUGAGACAGUCUCAGGAAGACACGCUGGUCCACUGUCUACAACAAAACAACACCACAGAACUCGUCAACUGGCUGCAGAAAAACAGACUGACACUCCUGCGUCCAGCCAACAAAAUCAGGCUGACACUCCUGCGUCCAACCAACAAAAUCAGGCUGACACUCCUGCGUCCAGCCAACAAAAACAAACCAAUCAGCCGUCCUCAGCACAGCAACCGUCAGCACCAGCGUCUCCCAAACGACGACGGACAGAUCAGCAAACGUCUCCCAAACGGCGACGGACCAAUAAGCAAACGCCUCCAAAGCGAGUUGCUCCGCUGACUUCUGCUAGGCAAAGAGAAAGUGGUCAGGAGGCUGCAGCGGGACAAACAGACGCGGCCCAUAGCCCUCUGUCUUCUAAUUCUUCUAGCCAGUCUAGGAAGGCUGAUAUUGUCCUGAUCACACAGAUCUCUCACUCGGCUGAAACCCCGACGCCUUCAGCGGUGUCCGAAUCCCACCAGUCCGGCCCUGACUCUGCUCGCAAAAAGUCGGCAAAGACGGCCUACGUUCAGGCUAGGGGAGGCAGCAGGGCUCAGAAAGAGGCUGCCCACGCUCCAGCGGUUACCCCUGUGAAGAACUCGUCUGUGCCAGAAGUCACUCGGAGCAGCAGCGGGCGAGUGAUCAAGAAAAAACGCUACGACGACUGACAGAGCUUCUAUGUCCAGCAGGAUUCUGUCUGUGGUCUCCACAGCUCUUGGAACGUAAAGCCUUGUACAGUUAUACCUCAGUGGAGGACCAUCAGUUCUAGCUGUGACUUGGGCCUUGAGAUAGUCUUGUGCAGUUACACCUCAGUAGCUGUACCCGCCUGUGGCAUUGACUUGUCUUGUGGUAAGGCUGUUGGGAGUGCAGCCAGAUGGUCAUGGGUUCAAACCCCAUUAGGGGGUCAACGUUGUGUCCUUGGGAAAGGCACUUAAAAGAGGCUAAAACAGCACCUGGACAUAGAUGGCUGGUGCCUCU